AUGGUGGAAGCACAUGCAGCAAACAAUCUACAAAUUGGACCAAUUGCUGAACAACAUUUGGCAACAUUCAAUGCAAGGGCUCCCAAAGGUACAGAGCUUGCGAUCCCGACUGAUGCGACAACCUGCCAAGCCCAAGCACUCGAUCGCGACCGAGCACAAUUGCAGAAUGAGGAUGCUCAGGCUCUAGCCGAUAGCAACAGUGUGUACAGGCAUGUCGAAAUUGAGCUAUUUGGUGGUGCCAAGGCCAUGAUUUGUAUGAACAUUGUAUUGCUCCGUCAGGCUCUUUCACUUCCAAACCAUAAAAGCUUCCACCAAGGCAUCUACAAUGAGUAUACAGAUCCAGUUCUUCCAGACGGAGCUGACAUGGAAGAUAUAGAUCACCUUAAUCAAGACUAG